UGGUGGAAAUAUCAAAGAAGGAUCGAUCGCUCUGUGUGGCUAUGUGACGAUCACCAGCGCGACUUCAGCUUCCUUGUCUGCAACACUUGACAGGAGUACUCCCCAACCUCGGGGUAAUCGCGUUUGGCAUUGAGUCAACGUGGAAAGUCCCGACUACGCACAUUGGUCUGUGCGUGAGCGACCUCUGGCCGUACCCUCAGCGAACAUCACUCAAAAAGCAAAGAACCUCCCUAUUGCGAGCCUUGUUCUGGCACAGGCUGCACGAAGCCGGUAGCAGUUCGUGCACCCCGCGUAAGGGCUUCGUCACUAUAUCAACCAAAUCCUCAUCCUUACAGACUGUGUAAUCAGCAUGUCUCUUCCCGUUCUCUCCUCGCGGCCACUGGCCGACCCGCCGACGGGUGCUUUACCUCCCCUCCCGACUACCGCAGGCAAGACGCCGCGAAAAAGUCUCGGACCGCCGCCUUCGCGAUUGAAAGCACCUUCAAGGCCAUCGCUUCUACCUACCUCGCAGCCUACGGCAUCCAGUCCCGAUCUUACUUCAAUCAAAGAAAACGACAAACCAUCGGGCAUUCCUUCAGCCAAAUCGAUCCGCAAAGUCGUUAGUAUUGGCUCAUUUCCUCAGCCACCCAAUGCGAAUUCACGACCGCCCACAUCGGCCUCGAUGGCCUCCACAUCGUCGAUUAAAAAACGAGCCUCUAAGUCCCCGAGAGCGAGUACAGCAGCGAGUUUUCGUUCUUCACAGACACCAAGCCUGCUGAACUCGGCAGGUGAUGGAAUGACCGUGUCUGCAAGAGCAGGAAACAGAACAUCAGAUGCCCAGUCGAGCGUUCAUUCUCCCCCACAAAGUAGAAGUUCGUCUGCGAAUGGUUCCUACUCAACCAACGCGACCACUAUCGAAGACUGCGACGAAGAUGGUCGAGGCCGCACAAAAGACCUGGACGAGGCAAUCGUUGAUUCAAAACGUAAUUCCAAAGGAAAGGAAUCCAAGGGUAAUGUUAUUGUCAGUGUGCGUGUUCGACCAGAUUCUGGAAACACAAACAAUGGGCAAUCUGAGGGAGAAUGGAUGGUAGACGGGCGAAGAAGUUUGGUUGCCUAUCGUGGCAAAGAAGGCGGUGACUACCACUACGACAACGUUUUCACCACCUAUGACGACAACGCUAAAGUCUACGAUUCUGCCGCCAAAAGAUUGGUACGGCGUGUGAUGGAAGGCUAUCAUGGAACAGUUUUUGCCUACGGAAUGACGGGCACAGGCAAAACGUUCUCGAUGCAGGGCACUAUGAGCAGUCCAGGUGUCAUCCCACUGGCAAUUACUGAUAUUUUCUCCUACAUCAGGGAGACACCACAUCGAGAAUUCCUGCUACGAGUCAGCUAUCUUGAAAUAUAUAACGAGAAGAUUCAUGACCUUCUCGCUCAACCGAUAGGAAGUGGACCUCUUGCCCAACAAGAAGAGAUCAAACUUCGAGAGGACAGCAAACGCGGUGUAUACGCCACACCCUUGAAAGAGGAGAUCGUUCAAAGUCCGACCCAGCUGCUUAGGGUUAUCCAUCGUGGAGAUACCGCCCGACGGACUGGGAGUACACAGUACAAUUCCCGCAGCUCGCGAAGUCACGCCGUGGUACAAAUUGUUGUUGAAAGUCGUGAACGAGUUCCUGGUACUGGCGCAAUGCAUGAGAACGGCAAGCGAGUAGCCAUGCUACCAGGUGGUGUUCGAGUCUCGACACUCAGCUUGAUCGAUCUUGCAGGCUCAGAAAGAGCAGCCGAAGACAAGGAACGCCGUGCUGAAGGAGCGCAUAUCAACAAGUCUCUCCUGACACUGGGCACAGUCAUCGCCAAGUUGUCAGGAAACAAGGACAAAAAUGGGAAUCCAACAGACAAAGACGGAAAACAUUUGCCUUACCGAGACAGCAAAUUGACCCGACUUCUCCAGCCAGCACUGUCUGGCAAUUCCUUGGUGUCUAUUCUCUGCACCAUACAAAUCGGGGUCGGUCUCACCGUAGCUGGUAACAACCACACAGGAGAGACCCUCAACACACUCAAAUUUGCCGCUCGUGCCAAAAACAACAUUGUCAGUAACGCCAAAAAGGCGGCAGAAGAAAUGGGUACCGGUGUCAACGCCGGCCUGCUCGAGCGUUAUCGGACUGAGAUCCAGAACUUACGAGCCCAAUUGGAAGGACAGCAGAAGUCGGCGGCAGAGAAGGAGGAGCGGGCGUUGGAAAAGGAGGCUGAGCAACGGCAUGAAGAACAGAUGCUUGAGAUGCAGCUUGCUAGAACUGCUUUGAAAGAGCGUAUCGAACAUCUCAACCGUUUGAUUCUAUGUUCCAAGUCAACGGGUGUCAACAGCGGCACUGUCUCGGCAUUGGGGAUGCACUCGCGUCUCUCUGGAGGUACAGAAUUUGCAGGUUCACGAUCUGUGCGAUCGUCAGCCAGCCAGUCUACCCUGGGGGUGAGCCCUGGCCUGAAACGACAUCCCUCUGUUGCAUCUAUGGGCAACGUGCCCUCCGCGUCUGCUCAUCUCUCAUUCUCAGGUGUUCCAGACGAGGAUGAAGAGGCGGCAGGAGACUAUGGCGACGGCCGGGCAACACUCCAGGCACAAGUUCGAGCAUUGCAGGCGGAUCUCCAAGACAAGACGCGAUACAUUUCGACAUUGGAAAGAAGAUUGCUGCAAGCUCGACGGUCAAGCCAUUCCCGAGUAUCCAUGGCGUUCAACAAGACUCCUGGCGAUGAGGGCGAUCUGCUCAGACAGCUUGACGAGAAGGAUGCCAUGAUUUCAGAUCUGCAGAGGACGGUUUCUGCCCUGCGGUCGGCAGUGCGUAAGCGUGACAUUGCAGAGUUGACACCAGAGAUGUCCUCGAGUGAAUUCAAGCAGAGUCGAAACACGGAAGGACAUCAAAGCACCAACAGCAAUUCGAGCUCGCAGUUGAGCAGCAUCACAGCCCCAAGCCAACAGACGUCUAGCGGACCACGGUCACCGCUGACCACGAGCCCUAUAACGAUUCUCUCACCUCAAAAACCAACCGACAAGAAGAGAAAGACAGUUGAUGAAAUGUCCAAGAUGCUGGACGAAAUGAUUCGGGACAAGGUGGAAAGCGGCAAAUUGAGCAAAGGACGAUCGUCGUCGGCGACAGUACCGCUGCGAUCGUCCUCGCAACGGCACUCGCGGAGGACGUCCAGUGGGGGCCACCAUGGAGGUCCAGCCAUGAGCGCUAUGGUAGCUUCGUUGAGAGAACGUGACUCCAUCAUGGAGGACACGAGCUCAAACUGAAGCCAAGUUGAACCAAUUACGAUUGAUGACAUGACAGUUUUGAUUUCUUCAUUUCAGUCGAAGGCCAGUGAGUGAUUUACCACUGGCAGGGUUGACAGGACGACAUUAAUGGGCGUAAUGAUGAUUUUUUGGCUUCUUUGCUGGUGGAUUUUCCCCUUGGCGGACAUUGACUGGAGUUUUUAUUAUAACAGCCUCGACAGCAUUUCCUUUUGUUUUUGUGCAGGGCACUCGAGAAGAAGUGGAGGAUGAUGGGCGACAUCAGAUCAUAUACCCCGAUAGAGAGUUGUGUUAGUAGUUGCUGUAUAUGUACAUUCUUUUCUCU